AUCGAUCUAUAUAUAUUGGUGGUCGUCGUGUUGGAGAAGAAGAAGAAGAAGAAGAAGAAGAAGAAGAAGAUAUAGUUCAUAUAAAUGGCUUCUACUUUGGCUAAUUUAUUCACUGUCGUCACAGCUACUCUGCUGAUUGCGGGCUCGUACGCUUUUACCACACUAAAGGUUGCUGAUGAUAAACCUCUGCAGUUCACAUACUCGGGGGCAACCGGGCCGGACAAAUGGGCCGGGCUGAACCCGAACUUCUCGCUGUGUGCAAGUGGGAAAUCGCAGUCGCCGGUCGACAUUGUUACGGAGAAAGCUGUAACGAACAACGAGUUGAAGCCACUCGUAAGAGAUUAUCGUCCGACUGUCGAUAAUGUUACUUUGGUCGACUACAAAUUCACUGUUGGGAUAGAGUACCCUGAGCAUACAGGAUCAAUAAUUGUAGAUAACAAGCAGUAUUCCUUCAAGCAAAUGCACUGGCAUUCUCCUUCCGAACACCGAAUUAAUGGACACCGAUUUGCAACGGAGAUGCACAUGGUACACGUUGCAGACGACGGCAAAGUUGCCGUAGUGGGGACACUUUUCAAAAACGGGCGCCCCGAUCCGAUUCUUCAAAAGAUACACAAGGAAUUGAACGAACUUGCGUACAAUGUGAAGAGCAACGAGGAGGCAGCAAGUCGAAUAGUAUUCGGGCCCUUUCACACGACGGAGUUAACGAAAACUCCAAACAAAUACUACAAAUACAUUGGCUCUUUCAGUGCUCCUCCUUGCACUGAAAAUGUUAUCUACCUAAUCCUUGCUAAUGUGAGAUCAAUAUCAAGUGAACAAGUACAGUCUCUCAAGGCUCCUCUGGAUAUGAGAUGCAAGUACAAUGCCAGGCCAUGUCAACCUAUGAAUGAAAGACACGUGGAGGUGUACCAGGAUAAUUCCAUUGCUCAUACCAGGAUUAAUUAUUAAUUCCAUUUGUAAACAAUACAUAUAUCAUAUAUGCGAUGCAGAUGAGAAUGAAAUUUGCCUAGAAAUUAAUUGUUGUUGAUUGAGUACGUGCGUGUGUGU